AUGUGUCUGUGGGGAUGCUAUGCUGGAAGUGGAUUUGAAAUAAAUGAGGAACUCCCAAUUGAAGACUUAUGCAAUUUAACGUCCCAGUCGUUGCCCAUUGCACAGACUUCAAUAGUACCUGAAUCUACAGAAGACAUUCUCUUGAAUGGUUUUAUUUCAUUAGAAAUGGAAGAAGAAAAAAUAGAAACGGCACAGCAGUUUUUCUCAUGGUUUGCAAAGUUACAAACUCAGAUGGAUCAGGAUGAAGAAACUAAAUAUAGACAGAUGAGGGAUUACUUGUCUGGGUUUCAGGAGCAGUGUGAUGCUAUAUUGAAUGAUGUAAACAAUGCUCUUCAGCAUCUGGAAUCAUUGCAGAAACAGUAUCUUUUUGUGUCCAAUAAGACAGGAACCCUACACGAAGCCUGUGAACAACUCCUAAAAGAACAGUCGGAACUUGUUGAUCUGGCUGAAAACAUUCAACAAAAGCUUUCCUAUUUCAAUGAAUUGGAAACUAUUAACACAAAAUUGAAUUCUCCUACAUUGUCUGUGAAUAGUGAAGGAUUUAUACCUAUGCUGGCCAAGUUAGAUGACUGUAUAACAUAUAUCUCAUGUCAUCCGAAUUUUAAAGAUUAUCCCGUAUAUUUACUGAAGUUUAAGCAAUGUCUUUCUAAAGCUUUGCACCUCAUGAAAACAUACACUGUGAACACACUACAGAACCUCACAAAUCAGUUAUUAAAAAGGGAUCCUUCAUCUGUACCUAAUGCAGACAAUGCUUUCACACUAUUUUAUGUGAAAUUUCGAACUGCUGCUCCCAAAGUCAGAACUCUUAUUGAACAAAUAGAACAGCGAUCUGAAAAAAUACCUGAAUACCAACAAUUGCUAAAUGACAUCCACCAGUGUUACCUUGAUCAGCGGGAGCUCCUUUUGGGGCCUAGUAUUACUUGUACUGUAACAGAGUUAACCAGCCAGAAUAACAGAGAUCAUUGUGCCUUGAUUCGCAGUGGCUGUGCCUUUAUGGUCCAUGUGUGCCAGGAUGAGCACCAACUUUACAAUGAAUUUUUCACAAAACCAACAUCAAAAUUAGAUGAACUUUUGGAGAAACUGUGUGUGUCAUUGUAUGAUGUCUUCAGGCCAUUGAUCAUUCAUGUUAUUCACUUAGAGACGCUUUCAGAACUUUGUGGGAUUCUUAAAAAUGAGGUGCUGGAAGAUCAUGUACAGAACAAUGCUGAACAACUAGGGGCAUUUGCAGCUGGAGUAAAGCAGAUGUUGGAAGAUGUACAAGAGCGGCUCGUCUACAGAACCCACAUCUACAUUCAGACAGACAUCAUUGGCUACAAGCCGGCUCCUGGAGAUCUGGCAUAUCCUGAAAAGUUAGUAAUGAUGGAGGAAAUUGCGCAGAGUUUAAAAGAUGAACAGAAGAAGGUACCUUCAGAAGCUUCAUUUUCAGAUGUUCGGUUAGAAGAAACAGAGUCUAAUAAUCUGAGAAAAUCUGGUUCAACAGAAUCUCUCACUCCUAGACCACAGUCCACAAUUUCUCCAGCAGAUCUUCAUGGAAUGUGGUAUCCUACAGUUCGACGAACUCUUGUCUGUCUCUCUAAAUUGUACAGAUGCAUAGAUAGGGCAGUGUUCCAAGGAUUAUCACAGGAAGCCUUGUCUGCCUGCAUUCAGUCGUUACUUGGAGCAUCAGAAUCUAUCAGCAAAAACAAGACUCAGAUUGAUGGACAACUUUUUUUAAUAAAGCAUCUGUUGAUUCUUCGUGAACAAAUUGCUCCAUUUCACACUGAAUUCACCAUUAAGGAAAUUUCCCUGGACCUCAAGAAAACUAGAGAUGCAGCAUUUAAAAUCCUGAACCCUAUGACUGUUCCAAGAUUUUUUAGGCUGAAUAGCAACAACGCCUUGAUAGAGUUCUUGUUGGAGGGCACUCCUGAGAUAAGAGAACAUUAUCUUGACUCUAAAAAAGAUGUAGACCGUCAUCUGAAAUCGGCCUGUGAACAGUUCAUUCAACAGCAGACCAAGCAGUUUGUAGAGCAGCUGGAGGAGUUCAUGACAAAGGUUUCAGCAUUGAAAACAAUGGCCAGUCAGGGAGGACCCAAGUACACUCUCUCACAGCAGCCAUGGGCACAACCAGCAAAGGUUAGUGACCUUGUGGCAAGUGUCUACAAGACCAUAAAAGCAAAGCUGCCUCUGACCUUGAGAAGUAUGUCAUUGUACCUAUCCAAUAAAGAUACCGAGUUCAUCUUGUUUAAACCUGUUAGGAAUAAUGUUCAACAAGUCUUCCAGAAGCUCCAUGUUUUGUUAAAGGAAGAGUUCAGUCCUGAAGAUAUCCACAUCAUUGCUUGUCCUACUAUGGAACAGCUGAACCUCUUACUAUCAGUUUCUAAAUAACCAGACGAGUCCGGAUGUCCUUGUAAAUGGUCUGUCCAGGAGCGGCUGAGAGUCAUGUGGCUGCAGGACACUUGAGGAACUGUACGUGGCAAUGUCUCCGAGAACCACACAAGCGUGCUACUUGUCGCUGACUGCAGGAUGAAAUACAAGCAGAGGGUUAAAAAAUUGGUGUUUCCCUU